AUGGUACACCAGCCUGCUAUGGAAGACCAGCCUGCUGCAGACCAGCCUGCUGAGAAAGCUCCGGGGGAAAAGAAUGCCAGUCUCAAACUAUUAGCCAGCAGGCUCGCCAUGUUCGCCCCCACAGUGUUCAGCACUGAGGACACAGUACUCGACAUUUUGACGGCUGCUGACCGCGAGUUUGUUAGCGCGGAGGCGUGCGACAGGCGCAUGAGCCGAGGCUGCACAUACGACGAAACUGAUCCUAUGAAGUACUGCUGGGCCACUAAGCAACACCCAGGAUGGACCAACCUGUUGGGCCCACGCGGAAUCGAGCUCAUCGAGCUAGACCUCGGAAGGCUUCACUUUCGCACCCUUAAUGUCGACCCGGAUGACCUGCUGGAAGAUGACGACGCCAAGUUUCUGUGCCUGUGCCUGUGGCUCUUGCAAGAACAUCGUUGCAUCUCUGCAGUUUCCAUAUCCGUUCCCGUCGUGGCACCGAGACACGGGCUUCUGUUCCUCAGUCUGCUGAAACUUACGCUUUACGUGAAAAAAAUCGACAUACUGGGUGAGAACCGGUUAGGGUCAGUGCCUGUCGGAUACAAGACGACAGACUUGUCAGACGCUUCAGGCUCUGGCUGCGAAUCGUGUAUGCGCGUGCUGGCGAACCUCCCGUAUGAGCUGCGAGAGCUGGGAUUGUCCUCUAUGCGCAUCGACGAGGUCGACGCACUUGCCCUGACGCAAUGCUUGGAACAAAACAAGCUUAUCGUCGCCCUCGUUCUCAUCGACGUUGAGUUCAGCCCCAAAGCUUUUGAGUUACUCAUAGGCCAGGCGGGCGAAAUGGCGAAGCUCGAGGAUUUUCGCAUCAAGACGAGCGCCAAGAAAGACGGGGAGACGUUCGCCGAGGCACUGUCCUCUCUCGGUGCAUCAGGCUCUCUCUCGAGACUUUACGUGCACGUCGACUUCUGUAUUCGCGGCUUGCUUAAUCGUCUAACCCUCAGAGGGGAACUCGCCGAACUCGCGCUGGAGACGACGAUCCGGAGCUGCGAAGAUCUCGAAUCCCUUUGUGGGUUACUUAAAAGACGCCAGCUUCCCCUGCGGCUCAAAAUGUGCCUCGACAUGAACCGGAUAAAUAACGCAUCCCGCUCGAUAGAUAACCUAAAAUGGAUUGUCGGGGAGAGUUGCGUGCGAACCUUGAUACUUUCCGGAUCGACCAUCAACCUCCAACAGUCGCUCGAGCUCGCCAACGCGCUCGCUAGCAGCAAGCUCGCGGAGCUUCACCUGGACGAAUGCGGGAUCGAGUGCGAGGCCGUGGAGCACUUCGCGAGGGCCAUCGCAGAGCGUGUAUUGCACGACAACUUCAAGGAACUCAACGUGGGAGCCGUUGUUGGCGAUGCCAUGCAGCAGCGGCAAAUGUUCCGGUACAUCACGCAAGUCGGCGUCCGCAACAAGAUCACGGUCGUCUGCGCCGAGUGCAGCUUUCAGAAUGACCAAGAGUGGAAUAUUCUAGCGGAGCAUACGCAUUUUACCAAGGUAUCCCUUUCCGUUGGCGACAACUCGAAUGUCGAUCCCGUUCUGAGUAACCUGAUGACCGCUGCCGACACGCUGGAAAGCUUGUUCAUCGAUAGCAACGGGGACUUGUCCGAAAGGGGUGGAGAGUUCGUGGCGAACUUGAUCCGAAAGUGCCCUAAGCUCAAGGUUCUCCGACUGCGCUGCCGUCUGACGUCACCCGCCGCCGUCCCGAUCCUGGCCGCGCUGGAAAAGUCCCGCAACGUGCUGCUGCUGACAGCGGAGCGCUGGGUGAUCGACGCUCGGAUGGGAAGGGCCUUCCAAAAGAUGCUCAAUGCAAACCGCAGCCUGUGGCGGAUCGAGUUCUACUGGAAGGACAUGGCCACCUACCAGGGUUUCAAACACUUCCUCAGGCGGGGUCUUCGAAAGUACAAGUGCCCGGCGGUGCUCAAGAUGUACCAGGGCGAGCACCGAGACGAAAUAACUGAGCGUGAUCCAGAGAUCCUGUUGUACCUCCAGAUAAACGAGAUGGCACUAGCCUGGCUCCCGCAGAUAAUCCUCAGGGACCGGAUGACUGCCGAGGGCACCGUACUCGCCGAGUUGCUCGACGUCUACGACGCGCCCUUGGACCCGUAUCAGCGGGUCGCGGACUUCUCGCUGCGCACGGCGGGCAACCGGGUCCGAAUGGCCCUGAUGAACACGAGGUCCGCUUACUACGCCCUGCGCAAGGCGUGCCCCUCGCUGGUAGACCCUGGUAAUGUGGUCGAGCUGCAGGAAUGCUUACAGAACUUCGUCAGCGCUACGAGGUUGGAAUCCGAGUGGAAUCCUGACAAUGCACUUGUUGUUGAAUGA